AGCGUGUCGAAAAAGCAGUUUUACCUACCCAACGGACAAUAGAAAAAAAAAUGAGGGAAGUUGGCAGGAGCAAGCCUAAGGUAUCUGCUGUAACACAGGUGUGAGCAGAGAGCUCGUCUCAGGAUGGACGUGCAAACGCAGAAAGAAACUCUCUUCAGCUGCCUGUUUUCUCCCCUUCCCUCCUUCUCUCUUAAUUGCGUGGAAAUUCCCUAUCAGUGGGAGAAUGCGCUUUUUCAAAAAAAGCAUUUCCAUGAGUGUGCAACGGUGGCCUGUGACAACGACCAGAAAUCGGGUUCCCUCUUUCACAAUUUUAAAAUUAAUUUUUUCAGUAGAAACCCAGAGUGUUUUAUAGGGAGUAUUUUCAUUUGGAAAUGCUGAAAUCAGGCAGCUGCAAGACCUACGUGUCGUUAACAAGUUGUGUUUUUCUCGGACUAUGUCGUCUGACAGAUGUCUUCUUCAGACAGAUUCUUCUUCAGAUUUCAUGGUCUGCGGUUGUCCAGAUGGUUCCUCCAUGGGACUGGCCUGAGGGAACCGGGGUUCCUCCAUGGAACGGGCCUCCAGUGUGGCUGCUGUUGCAGUUCUUGCAGGUCUCCGUCAGCCUGUGGAGCAUGCAGGUCCCCUGGGCAGCGGUGGCCCAGCCUGGUCCUGCCCGCCGGAGGUGGUCCUUACAGUCACGUGCAUGCAGAAGGAUGGUUUUGGUGCAUGUGGUUUGUGCCACACCUGGACCUUCAAUGCCUCCUCCGGGGGAAUAACGGUGCAGGGCCAUGCCCGUGUGUUGGAAGGGAGAUGGGUCUGUAACAGCUUUCCAGCAUCUCGGCUUCAUAGUUACUCUUGGAAACCAGUGAAAUAGGUAGGAAAAGUCAAAUCAUGCCAUUGCUGACGUGCUUUUGUUAGGAAAGGUGGAAGCAGGUCGUUACCUGGUGCCACCAAGCAGUAGGAAGUCUCCAUAGCAUGUGUCCCAGUGUCCGCGGCACAGCUGGGGACCUCCUUCGGGCUCUGCAGCUUCCAGAGCCUGGACCUCGGCCCCUCUCUUUUACUGCUGGGUUGGUGCCGUGUUUAACACUGAUUUCUUAAAAAGCUGUGCCAAUGUCUGAAUUUUCUGGUGGGAGGGUGAGGGCUCCUGGUCGCCAUUUGCAGUUGUGCCAUCAGGAGCCUGGCGCCGGCAGGGCUCGCGGCCAGCUCUGCGAGGGAGGGCAGGCACAGUCGCAAGGGGAGCGAUGCUGGGGCCGGGCGGUUUCACUCACACAAGAUGCUUUACUGCUUCUGCUUUAUUUCGUGUCUCACUUCUAGCUGCUUUUCUUUUGCUUUUUGGCAUCGCGAGCUCUUCCAAGAGCUCUUCUGCGAGGCUGCUGCGGAUGUUCAACAUUACGCUUGUGACUUCAGGGACGCUAAUUUCUAAGGCGUGCUUCUGUAGGAGAAUAGACGUGCAGAAAUAAUAUCAGCGUGUUUAUUUUCUGCAGGGUUUAUAGAACCUAAUGUUCUGUCUCUUUCUGGCAUCUGGUUAUUCCAGCGUGUUUUAGUUGCAUUAAACAGUCAACAAUAAGCAACACAAAGGCUUGAGUUACGCGUGUGUUGGAAUAAUGAGGCGAAGUCGUGGAUUGCUCCCUUUCUGCACAAACAGCGAGUGGCAAUCUUGAGAACAUGCUUUCAGGGCAGUGCAGCCGCGUCCUCCCUCCCCAGCUCGGCACCCUGCAGGUCCUUCACGGCAACGGCACGGCCCUGGGGACGGUGAUAACCUUCCAGUGCUCUGCCGAGCACCAGCUGGAGGGACCGGGCGUCAUCACCUGCGUUUGGAAAGGGAACGGUACCCAGUGGACAGCCGGAGCGCCCUCCUGCAAGCCCAUAUCAAAAUAUGAGACUUUUGGAUUUAAGGUCGCAGUGAUCGCCUCCAUCGUGAGCUGUGCUGUCAUUCUGCUGAUGUCCAUGGCUUUUUUAACUUGUUGUCUCAUCAAAUGUGUGAAGAAAAGUGAAAGGAGGAGAACUCAAAGAGAUAUGCAGCUGUGGUACCAGCUCAGGACCGAAGAACUGGAGCACAUGCAAGCUGCUUACUUCGGGUUUAAGGGAAGAAACAAUAACAACAACAACAAGAAACUCAGGAAUAAAUCCGUCUUUGAUGAUGUGGCUAACAUGGCGUAUGAUAACCAAGGCUUCUACAGGUUCCAGGAGGAGUGGACCCGGGACAUCGUAGCUCCUGGGCAUUGCAAAGGCACCGAUCGUCUCCCUAAGUUACCCAAAAGCAGUGGCGCGCCUGUGAAACAAGCUGUAGCGGGACACGGCGCGGCGGUACAGCCGGUGAACUCAAUCCAUGUUGUUGAAGUCUAUGGACAUAAGGAUGGCUAUAACAAACCGAGCUGUCGGAUACCUGGAUAGCCGGUGGCGGAAACACAAUUGCUCCUCUGGACCAAAAUGAAAUUUGGAUAGAAAUAUGUGCCUUAAAGACAACGUAGAGAGUUAAUUAUUCAUAUGAAUUCAAAAGUUUUCUAUAUUCCAAGAUGGUUAUUUAACAGAGAUACUUCAAGGUCUGAUAAAAUAAAAAAAUGGACAUUGAGGCUGGCAGUCCGUCGCCAUUCUCUACAGCGUGCUACGUACUGUGACCACGGCAAAAGCAUAAUAGCAUUCUUCUGUACAUCUAGAAAGAACUGGGAGCCAGUUUGCAUACUUGCCUCAUACAAAGUCAUUGAUGAUAAUUACACAUUCAUAAGAUUGCAACCUUCUUUUAACCAGUGUUUUUUUGUAAGCAUUUCAGAAUGAAAAAUCUCCCGUAUUUUUACACAGUAGUGUGAUAGAGCUACAAUAAAAUUUUGUUUUUAAUUAAAAGCCCCCGUUGUUUUAUAUCAGGAAGGCCUUUUUGUUUAAUUCCUCGGCUCCGCAUUUGGAGCCCGUGGGAGGCUGGGUGCAGCAGAGGCCCGGCUCCGGAUCCAGCAGCCCGUGGGGGAGCGGGCAGAGCGGGUGGGGGGCUCUGCUUUGCCCCCCCCAGCCCCCACACCUGUGGCCGGCGGACGUGCGGCGAGCGAGCGCCCGGGUGCGGACUGGUGUGGGGGGAAUCAUAGAAUCAUAGAAUUGCUGAGGUUGGAAGGGACCUUUAAGAUCAUCGAGUCCAACCUUUAACCUACCCUGACAAGAGCCACUUCUAAACCAUGUCCCUCAGUGCCCCAUCUACCC